AUGACCGAAAACGUCCUGAAGAUAUCUGUUACUCAAUAUUUAGAGGAAAUACCGCAACAAGUUCAAUCACGACUUUAUGAAUCACCAGCCACAUGUUUAGCUAUAUAUAGAUUAUUACCGCAACUUUCCAAGUUUUUUGUUAUGUCCAUGGUUUUCAACAACAAUGAAGUAUCACUUCGAGAUUUAGAUAGAUGGGUUAAACCAGAUGCCAAGUUACAAUUCCAAGAUGCAAUUAAAUCCAUGAAAUCAUUACAUCUUAUCAUCCCAUCCAAAGGUAACGGCGGACCACUUAUGAUAAUUUUAAAUCCAACAUUUAGAGAAAGUUUCAAAAAUGCAUUAACCGGUGGGCAAAUUAAUAAUUCAUUCGGUAUUAUAUCAGAUGAAGAUGAAAAUGGUGUAGUAACAUCAACUCUAUUGAAUGAAUAUUCGGCAAAUAAAUGGGAAACUAUCUUACAUUUUAUGGUGGGGACGCCAAUGUCAAGUAUUCCAUCAGGGAGCGUCUUGAAUCUUUUAAAACACACGAAAUUAAUGGAAGAAGUAGAGAAUACUGGUGAAUUCAAAAUUACAAACGAGGGGUUCCAAUUCCUACUACAAGAAUUGAAUUCACAACUCUGGACGUUAUUAUUACAAUAUUUAAAAUUAUCUGAAACGUUAAAUAUGGAUCCAGUGGAUGUUUUAAAUUUUAUUUUUAUGUUGGGUGCUUUGGAAGUCGGAAAGGGUUAUAGUAUUGAUGGAUUAAGUGAAACUCAAAAAAUUAUGUUAAAAGAUAUGAGAGAUUAUGGGUUGGUUUUCCAAAAGGUUUCCAAUUCAAAAACGUUUUAUCCAACAAAUUUAGCAUUGAUGUUAACAUCAGAUACGAAAAGUAUAGUAAGGACAGCAUCAGGUGCCAUUGAAAGUGUGUUAAAUGAAAAUAGAUCUGGAUCUAAUGCUAAUGAAAAUGGAUAUGAACCAGGUACGAAGAAAAAGAAUGAAAAUACCAUCAUGGGUACUAUUGAUCAAGUUGGGAUGAAGAAUCAAGAUGUUCCAGAUGGAUCUUUGAUUGUUGAGACCAAUUUCAAAUUAUAUUCUUAUUCUAACUCACCAUUGCAAAUUGCUAUUCUAAGUCUUUUCGUUCAUUUAAAGUUUAGAUUCGUUAAUAUGGUCACAGGGCAAAUAACAAGAGAAUCGAUUAGAAGAGCAUUAAUUAAUGGUAUCACUGCCGAACAAAUCAUUGCAUAUUUGGAAACACAUGCUCAUCCGCAAAUGAGAAGAUUAGCAGAAGAAAAAUUAGAGAAGAAAUUAGAAUUGGAUGCUAAUUGUAAAGACUCAUUACAAAUAUUACCUCCCACAGUAGUGGAUCAAAUUAGAUUAUGGCAAUUAGAGCUAGAUAGAGUUAUUGCAUAUGAAGGUUCAUUAUAUUCUGAUUUUGAAAAUAACACAGAAUACACGACAUUAUAUAAAUAUGCACAAGACAUUGGUGUAUUGCUUUGGAAAGAUGACAAGAAGAGGAAAUUUUUUGUUUCCAAAGAGGGGAAUUCACAAGUGUUAGAUUAUGCCAAGAGGAAAUUGAAAAAGAAACAAGAACCAUAA